UAUUUAUUAGGGGGUGAAUGACAUGAAAUCUAGAACUAGAAUAUUCUAGAAUACGUCUGAGUAUAUAAAUAGAAGUCGACCGGUAUUCAAUCGACAUUGUUGAACUAGUCGGUGCUCAAAACAGAGCAAGAUUAUUAUUGCAAUAAAUUAAAGUGUAAUUUGUUUUCAAAAAAUAAUACACCAUGUCUAUUUUACCAUACAUUUUACAAGAUAUUUUAAAUGAUCCGUGGUCGCAACGAUCAUCGCGAUUAAAUGAUCAACAUUUUGCGUUGGGACUCGCUAACGACGAUUUAUUGGAGCCAUUUAUACUACCAUCAUUGCUCAGUCGUAAUUAUUAUCGACCAUGGCGUUCAGCUAUCUCAAAAUUAGACCAAGGAUCGACUGUGGUCAGUGACAAGGAAAAAUUUGAAGUUUCAUUGGAUGUGCAACAAUUUUCACCGGAUGAAAUUGAAGUAAAAGCAAUCGAUGAUAAUCAGAUUAUCGUGGAAGGGAAACAUGAAGAGAAACAAGAUGAGCAUGGUUUCAUUUCUAGACAAUUUACACGCCGAUAUGUAUUACCAAAAGAUUAUGAUGGUACAAAAUUGAUUUCGAAAUUAUCAUCGGAUGGUAUUUUAACAAUAUCUGCACCAAAAUUGGCAAUUGAAGGAUCAUCAUCGGAACGCACAAUUCCAAUUACACAAACUGGACCAGUUCGAAAGCAAGUUCAGGCCAAUGGUAGGAAGACACCUGAAGAAGCUCAAGAAGCAUCUUAAAGCAAUAUUACAUAAUAUUUGUAAUCUUACUUUUAGCUUCAUGUAAAACCUAUAAAUGUGAUUUUUUUGUAACUUUAAAUCUUUCUAAUUUUACAUUUUAAA